AUGCUUUCAACUCUUGCAAAACAAGUCACCCUUGCACUGCUCUUGGGAGCUGCAAACGCCCUUCCAAGUUCCAAUGCGAUCCCCAAGCUUGAUACUCGCACACCCGUGCAGCACGGCUACAUCAACGUUGUUGCCGCAACACUGUGGACAGACUCCAGCAAGCCACGCGCAAUUGACGAACCGGCUUUGACAAACCCGGUGCAACUGGAGAAAUGGCUCAGCUCUAUGAACUUGACGGAUUUCCGUGAUCUCACCGGUAAUAGUCGGACUCAGACGCAAGCGCUGUAUGGUGCACGGGUGGAAAUCCUCGACCACCAAGGCGGUUGGUACGAAGUCGCCGUACCGGGCCAAGCAACACAGAAGAACAAAUUGGGAUAUCCUGGCUGGGUUCCUGAGUCGCAGGUGUCGUUUGAUCAUCACUACGGAAAGCUGCAAUCAAGCAGACCAUUUGCUAUAAUCGACAAGUCUGCUACAGUUCCGCUCUACCGCGAUCCUGGUUUGAAGUCGAAGCUCACGGAUAUCAGCUACGACACCAGGCUCCCCGUCAUCAGGGAGAAAGGAUCCGUCAUUGAAGUUGCAAUUCCCGGUUCUCGUCCGGCUUUCUUGGCCGCCCAUGACGCUUCCGUCUACAAGUCUGCGUCGGACAUCCCUUACCCGACCAGCGUUGAUCUGAUCAACACGGCCAAAUUGUUCCUUGGUCUUCCUUACCUCUGGGGUGGUAUGUCGGGAUAUGCCUUUGACUGCUCGGGUUUCACGCACACGCUCUACCACUCGCAUGGCAUUUCCAUUGCCCGUGAUGCGGAUGCACAGGCUGACUUCACUGGUCACGGCACUCGAGUUGAGAAGGCUGAUUUGCAACCGGCGGAUCUGAUGUUCUAUGCGGGCAAUGUCAGCGACCCAAGCACAAUCUAUCACGUUGCGAUGUAUAUCGGGGAGGGACAAAUGGUGGAGGCAUAUGAUGCAGGAACCCCGGUGAGAAUCACAGAGGCUCGUUUCGGCGACAACUACUGGGGAGCAGAGCGGUUCCUAGAAAAAUAA